UCCGGGGCCGCUGGUGUGACGUGUCCCACUCCUGGCGCAGCAGGAAGCGGCGGCGAUCACGGCCUGAGUUCCCGGCGCCGGCCCCAGCUUCUUCACCGCUGCCGCCAUGCUCGACUUCUUCACCAUUUUCUCCAAGGGCGGGCUUGUGCUCUGGUGCUUCCAGGGCGUGAGCGACUCAUGCACUGGGCCCGUUAACGCGUUGAUUCGUUCCGUGCUGCUGCAGGAACGGGGAGGUAACAACUCCUUCACCCAUGAGGCACUCACACUCAAGUAUAAACUGGACAACCAGUUUGAGCUGGUGUUUGUGGUUGGCUUUCAAAAGAUCCUAACGCUGACAUAUGUAGACAAAUUGAUAGAUGACGUGCACCGACUGUUUCGGGACAAGUACCGCACAGAGAUCCAACAGCAGAGUGCUUUAAGUCUAUUGAAUGGCACCUUCGAUUUCCAAAAUGACUUCAUGCGGCUUCUUCGUGAAGCAGAAGAGAGCAGUAAGAUCCGUGCUCCUACUACCAUGAAGAAAUUUGAAGAUUCUGAAAAGGCCAAGAAACCCGCACGGUCCAUGAUUGAGACACGAGGUGAAAAGCCCAAGGAGAAAGCAAAGAACAGCAAAAAAACCAAGGGGGCCAAGAAGGAAGGUUCUGAUAGCCCUUCGGCUACCAGCAAAGCAGUCCCUGCAGAAAAGUCAGGUCUUCCAGUGGGGCCUGAGGAUGGGGUAGAACUUUCCAAAGAGGAGCUGAUCCGCAGGAAGCGAGAAGAGUUCAUUCAGAAGCAUGGCAGGGGUAUGGACAAGUCCAGCAAGUCCCAGAAGUCAGAUGCUCCAAAGGAGAAGGGCAAAAAGGUGCCUCGGGUGUGGGCCCUGGGUGGCUGUGCUAACAAGGAAGUCUUGGAUUACAGUACUCCCACCACAAACGGAACUCCUGAGGUUACCCUGCCUGAGGACAUCAAUUUGAUUCGAGGAACUGGGCCUGCGGGGCAGCUUCAGGAUCUGGACUGCAGCAGCUCAGAGGACGAAGGAGCUGCCCAAAGCCCCACCAAACCUAGGGCUACAAAGGGGACUCUGGGUGGCAUGUUUGGGAUGCUGAAGGGUCUUGUGGGCUCUAAGAGCUUGAGUCGUGAAGACAUGGAGUCUGUGUUGGACAAGAUGCGUGAUCAUCUCAUUGCUAAGAACGUGGCUGCAGACAUUGCAGUCCAGCUCUGUGAAUCUGUUGCCAACAAGUUGGAAGGGAAGGUGAUGGGGACAUUCAGUACGGUGACUUCCACAGUGAAGCAAGCUCUCCAGGAGUCCCUGGUACAGAUUCUGCAGCCACAGCGUCGUGUAGACAUGCUCCGGGAUAUCAUGGAUGCCCAACGUCGCCAGCGCCCUUAUGUAGUCACCUUCUGUGGUGUUAAUGGAGUGGGGAAGUCUACCAAUCUUGCCAAGAUUUCCUUCUGGCUGUUAGAGAAUGGCUUCAGUGUCCUCAUUGCUGCCUGCGACACAUUCCGUGCUGGGGCCGUGGAACAGCUGCGUACACACACCCGGCGUCUGAGUGCCCUGCAUCCUCCAGAGAAUCACGGUGGCCGUACCAUGGUGCAGUUGUUUGAAAAGGGCUAUGGCAAGGAUGCUGCUGGCAUUGCCAUGGAAGCUAUUGCCUUUGCACGUAACCAAGGCUUUGAUGUGGUACUGGUGGACACAGCUGGCCGCAUGCAAGACAACGCCCCCCUGAUGACUGCCCUGGCCAAACUCAUUACUGUCAAUACACCUGACUUGGUGCUGUUUGUUGGGGAGGCCUUAGUAGGCAACGAGGCCGUGGAUCAGCUGGUCAAGUUCAACAGAGCCUUGGCUGACCAUUCUAUGGCUCAAAUACCUCGGCUCAUUGAUGGCAUUGUCCUUACUAAAUUUGAUACCAUUGAUGACAAGGUGGGAGCUGCUAUUUCCAUGACGUACAUCACAAGCAAACCCAUCGUGUUUGUGGGCACUGGCCAGACCUACUGUGACCUACGCAGUCUCAACGCCAAGGCUGUGGUGGCUGCCCUCAUGAAGGCUUAAUGUGGCUCUUGCCCAAUACCAAAUCGCCGCUUUCCCCCACAAACCCUUAUUCCUAUAUCAAGAAUGUGCUUUAGAGUAUAUGAGUGACUUGUCUUCAGUGUAGUAGAAAGGCAGAGUGGGGGGAGGCCCAGGGGCUUGCAGCUCCUCCUAACCCCCACUCCCUAUCCAGCCUCUGUCUGUAAGGAGGGCCUAAUCAUGUUACAGUCACUGCCCACUGUCCCCCUCCCAGGGUUCUCCCCUGCUACUGACGCAUUCCCUUCACCUGCCUACGGACCCAACACCAGAGCUCAGCAGUGUUAAUGGGUAUGAUCCUAGGGACAUCUGAGCCUCAUGAGUAGCUUGAAGUCCCAGCUCCAUGAGCUUAAGAGAUUCUUCAGGAGCCAGCUCUGGGUCUUGAGUGGCACCUUUGCCUAGAUACCUAGUUUUCAGGUCCCUGGGGACCAGGAAGACACCCACCUCACUGUGGCAGUGUACAGCCUUUUCUAAAUGCUGCUAAUUCUGAUGACCCACCCCCAUUCCCCCAAAGUAUCAGCAAGGCCAGACUGACUUGUUACUAAUGAACAACAAAUCCCUGCUUCCCUUGGAAAUAAGGGAGCUGAGCUGCAGUGUUGCAUUGGGCUUUUCAGCCUUCAAACACUUCCCUACUCCUAGAAUCCAGGUGUAAGCUUUGCAUGUUCCCCUUCUCGGGAAAAAACUAAUUGUCAGAAGGGUAUACGUUGUCCCCUGCCCCGUUCUUCACCCCAUGAGCAGAUCCUAGCUGCUUCUCAUCCCCCUCUUCUCUACAGUGCCUGGUAGACAAGUGCUACAUUGAAAAAUGCAAACCUCUCGUUAAGAUUUGCCCUGUAGCUUGAUAUUACAGAUGUGCUAUUAGUGCAAUAAGGUGAAGGCUGUCUGCCCAGAGAAAUACAUAUUUAUAUAAGAAAAUAAAUUUCAUAAAUAAAUUGCCUUUUAA